GAGGAACAAAAAUGGGAACUCACAAUUGGACAAGAUGGCUUGUCUGGCUUGUCUUCAUUUUUCAUCAGGCAGAACUGACAGUGUUUCUAUCAGCCAAUGAUGCAAAUAAAUUUAUUGCAAGAUCAAAGCGUGCCUCUUACAUGAUUGUUGAGGAGAUCCUCCAGGGUAAUUUGGAAAGAGAAUGCCUUGAAGAAAGGUGUACCUAUGAAGAGGCAAGAGAAGCCUUGGAAGACACUGAAAAAACCAAUGAGUUUUGGAAUAACUAUUUUGGGGGUGAACGGUGUUCCUCAAGCCCCUGCCUACAUAAUGGUGUGUGCAAGGACAGCAUUCGCAGCUAUACAUGCAAUUGUACAGAUGGGUAUGAAGGAAACAACUGUGCUUUUGCAAAAAAUGAGUGUCGCCAUGAAAUGAAUGAAGGUUGUCAACACUUCUGCUAUCCAGAAUUGAAGUCCUAUCGCUGCUCUUGCGCACAAGGCUAUAAACUUGCAGAAGACAAUAAAUUAUGCAUUCCACAAGAUCAGUGUGCAUGUGGCAGAUCUGAGGGUCACUUACCAAUGCAGCAGAAUGCAACUGAGAAGAUCCACAGAGGAUUCCCUUGGCAGGUCCUGCUCUUAAACCCAGAGGGGGAAAUGCUCUGUGGAGGUGUGCUGCUGAAAACUAAUUUUGUACUGACUACAGCUGAAUGUGCACUGCUGUCUCCCAUCAGUGCUGUGAUUGGAAACAAUAGGUUGCAAGAAGCUAGACAAGUGGUAUUUCUGAAACAGAUACAUGAACACAUCCGCUACGAUAGCACAACUGGCGAGAACAAUCUGGCAUUGCUAGAACUCAGUGUGCAUAUAAACUGCAGCAAAAACCAGUUACCUAUAUGUGUUCCAGAGAGAGAUUUUGCAGAGCAUGUGUUGAUUUCAGAACUUGUGGCUACUCUCAGUGGAUGGAAAAUGGAUGGAAACCAAUCAACAUCUUCACUAAGCUGGUUGCAGGUUUGGUACCUUCAUGAAGAUGAAUGCAAGCAAACACUUAAUAGAAGUCUGGUAACCAGGGAAUUCUGUGGACACAGUCACGAGGAAGCGGGGGGAGUUCUGGCUGGAGGAAGCUUUAGUGCUGUUGAGUAUAAAGGCACUUGGUUUCUGACUGGAGUUUUAGAACCAUGGGCAACAGAAGCAAGUGAGUGGAAAAUGCUUGUAUUCACCAAGACUACAAGAUACAUGAUGUGGUUCAAACAAACAAUGAAGUAAUUGAAUGCUAUCACAGAAGAAUAUGGAGGUUUGCAAGGUUCAGCAUUUACAUGUAUUCAAGUACAAGGUCACUACUGUAAAUAUUAUGUAUGUUUAACUGUUUAAAAUAAAUCUGUUCUUAGUUAACAGAAACACUCA